GCUCUUGCAAGGAAGAUGGCUGACGAAGCUAAUUUAGAGAAGGUAGCUCUAGAAAAUCGUGUUUAAAAUAUGGAAAAUACUUUGAAGGAAUUGAUGGCUUCCUUCCAAUCUCUUCAAGCAACCUUAGUCACAAGGGCACCUUUGACAACAAAUCCUUUAUUUGAAGGAAAUGUUCUGGUGGCAAAUCUCCCUGUGGCCACAUCUGCUUUAACUCUUGGGAAAGAGCCUAUGUCAUCUGGCCCUCCUGAUCCAAUUAUUCGUGGAACUUUUGGGACAAAACCAUUUGUUUUAAAUGAUGGUGUUGCUACAGUUCAGUCUAAUGGUCAAGAAGAGAUUCAAGUUGUCAAGUCAAUCACAGAGGAUGAAGACAAGGCAAUUAAAGCGAAGGUGCAGUUGAUGGAGGAAACACUAAAAUCGAUGCAAGGUGUCCAAACCAAUAAACUGGUUGACAUCUCAUCUUUGUGCUUUUUCCAAAACAUUCAAUUGCCCCAUAAGUUUAAAUUGCUUGAGUUUGAUAAGUACAAUGGCACUGGUUGUCCUUAUGCCCACUUGACAAUGUCUUGUAGGAAGAUGGCUCUUUAUGCCAAUGAUGAGAAGCUAAUGAUACAUUACUUUCAAGACAGUCUGACAGGUCUUGCAGAUGCUUGGUUUUCUACUAUAGACAAAAGCAAGGUCAAAAGUUGGCAUGAUUUGACUUACAAUUUUAUGAAGCAGUAUGAAUAUAAUACGUCACUAGCUCCUAGUAGAGAGGAUCUUCAAAGAACAAAGAAGAAAUCGAGUGAAAGCUUUAAGGAAUUUGCUCAAAGAUGGCGUGGAUUGGCUGCUCGAGUUCAACCGCCACUAACUGAUGCUGAACUGAGUAAUUUAUUCAUUAAAUCAACUAAAGAGCCUCAUCGAGAAAAGUCGAUGAAUUGUGUAAAUUACACUUUCACUCAGUUGGUUAUCGUGGGAGAGCAAGUGGAAGAUGGAAUCAAGUCAGGGAUUAUUAUUAAUUAUCAAGCAAUGAAGAGUCUCCUUGAACAAUACCAAAAUGGUAGUUCAGGGGUUUCUAGUUCAAGGAAAGUGGGCCAGAAUCAAAAGAAGGAAAAUGACAUUGGCACCAUUAGCUCAGUUUAUGAAACGUAUGGGAGAAAUAAUCAGCCGCGCCCUCGAGGGCAAUUCAAUAAUUCUUUCCAAGCUCCAACUUAUCAACCACCAAUUUUUACAAGUCAGCCAAGGCCACUCUAUGCCUCUGGGAUCAAUCAUCCACAACAAGAAAGAGUGAGACGACAUUUCAACAAACUUCCUUUAUCAUACAUUGAAGUGUUUCGACAAUUGGUAGCAGUUGGUCUUGUUACUCCUGUACCCAUGGUGCCAGUUAAGUCACCAUUCCCAACGUGGUACAAUCCACAAGCAAGAUGUGAAUACCAUAGUGGAGGUGUUGGACAUGAUCUUGAAAAUUGUCUAGCUUUAAGGCACCGUCUGCAGGAUUUGAUAGAUAUGAAGGAGUUGCAAAUUGCAUCAGAACCUGAAGUUGUUGGUCCAAACAUUGCUAAAAAUCCCUUGCCUACACAUGAUGGUCCAACAAUAAACAUGAUAAUAAAAUAUUCGAAUAUUGAGAAAGACUCUCAUAGGGGUCAUGAGGUGACUGCACUUACCAUUACCAAUCAACUGUCAUCAACUCCUAGACAGCCUUUGAUAUUGAAGGGGCUAAUUGUUACGACAAGUGUGAGGAAGCCCUUCAUUUUGAAAGGAAGCAACCAAGCCUUACCAUCUCAGCAACCACCCUUAACUCUUUAUCCACCAUCAAAACCAACCUUCAAUUCUUAUAAGGCUGCCCCUUGGAAUUAUGGGACUCGUACCUAUGUUUCCAUACAGGAAUUCCCUAUUGAAGAUAUCUCUCUUAUGACUAGAAGUGGGCGUAGUUAUGGAGAAAGUCAAUGCAAAGGGAAUGAAUCGCAAAAAGGAAUCAUUAUUGAGGAAAUACAUAAGGAGCAAGUCAAGAAGUAUAUUUCAGAGCAGGAGAUAAAUGAUUUCCUUAGCAUUUUGAAGAGAAGUGAGUACAAUGUGGUAGAGCAACUUAAUCGUACUCCUGCUAAGAUCUCUAUCUUGCAACUCUUGUUGGCAUCAGAGACUCACCGAAAUGCUUUGUUAAAGAUCUUGAGUGAGGCUCAUGUGCCAAAGGAUAUUGAUAUGGAAAAAUUCAACAAUGUGAUAGGGACUAUCCUAGCACUAAAUUUUAUCAACUUUACUGAUAAUGAAGUCCCUGAAGAUGGAAGAAGGCAUGUGAAGGCUCUUCAUAUUUCAGUGCUUUGCAAAGAUAUGCAUAUGCCACGAGUGCUUAUUGAUAAUGGUUCGGCAUUGAAUGUUAUUCCUCGAUCAGUUUUGAAUCAACUUCAGGCGGACCAGUCAUACAUUAAGCCUGGUAAGACAAUAGUUCAUGCUUUUGAUGGCACAAGGAAAGAAGUAGAUGGGGAGAUUGAAUUACUAGUCAACAUUGGCCCAUAUACAUUUGACAUAACUUUUCAAGUUAUGAAUAUUGAGCCUACAUUUAAUAUGUUGCUUGGAAGGCCUUGGAUUCAUAUGGCUGGUGCAGUACCUUCUACUUUGCAUCAAAAGCUGAAAUAUAUUGUAGGCAACUCUUUGGUUACGGUGAAUGGUGAAAAGGAUUAUGCUAUCCAUAAGACGACAUCUGUGCCAUAUGUAAAAGCAGACUCUCAGAACCAAGAAGCAACUUACCACUCUAUGGAGUUUGUCUCAACCACAUAUGUUGCGGAAGGCACAGUGUUGAGAACACCAGAUCUUUCUAGAGUGAGUAAAGAAGUGGCUAAGGUGAUGUUGGAAAAUGAUUUUGAGGUUGGAAAGGGCUUAGGAAUUGGACUGCAAGGAAUUGAGGAACCAAUUGAGGUGAUUGAUACGUCAAUGGGGUUUGGCUUGGGAUGUAAGCCCACUCGAAAGGAUUGGGUGUGGAUGAGGACUAGGAAAGCUGAAAGGCGUCGAGCUAAGUUAGAAGGAAGAGAACCAAAUGAGGAACAAUUGCAUAUUCCUCAUAUUCGAGUGACAUUUCCAAAACUUGCUGAAGUUGUGUGUGGAUAUGACACAAAGCCAAUGGAUGACACUCUCAAAAAGGAGAAUUUGAGAAUUGAUUGGGUUGCAAUUGCUUAUAAGAACGAGGUGAUCGUAGAGGAUGCAUCAGAUGAUGAAGAUAUGGGAACUUUUGAUUUGUUCAAAUCUUUUGCUUCAACAAAUGAUGAUGGUUUGAACACUUCUUUGGAGAAGUUAAGCAUAUGCGUCAUUGAUGAAGGGAGGGAUGAUGACAAGGUCAUUCUGCCUGCUCAGGAUGAGGAUAAAAAGGAGAUUAAGAUCAAUGGGAAGUUGCAUCCAGAUGAAAGAAAAGCUCUUGUUGACUUGUUAAAAGAGUUUCAAGAUGUGUUUGCUUGGUCUUAUAAAGAUAUGCCUGGAUUAGAUCUGGAGAUAGCAGUUCAUGCAAUUCCACUAAGGCUAGAAUGUCUACCGGUGAAGCAAAAGUUGAGAAGAAUGAAGCCAGAAAUGUUGUUGAAAAUCAAAGAGGAAGUAAAGAAGCUGUUAGAUGCAGGGUUCAUCGAAGUAGCCAUGUACCCCCAAUGGGUUGCAAACAUUGUUCCUAUGCCAAAGAAGGAUGAAAAAGUCAGAAUGUGUGUGGAUUAUAGAGAUUUGAACAAAGCAAGCCCAAAAGAUGACUUUCCUUUGCCCCAUAUCCAGUUGUUGGUUGACAAUGCUACCAAAAGUGUUAAAUUUUCAUUUGUGGAUGAUUAUUCUGGUUAUAAUCGGAUCAAGAUAAAGGAGGAAGACAAGAUCAAAACCACGUUUAUCACUUUGUGGGGCACCUUUUGCUACAAGGUAAUGUCAUUUGGAUUGAAAAAUGCGAGGGCAACUUAUCAAAGAGCAAUGAUUACAUUGUUACAUGACCUCAUUCACAAAAUCAUUGAGGUUUAUGUAGAUGACAUGAUAAUAAGGUCUGGAGAAAAUGAAAAUCAUUUGAUGAAUCUUAAAAUCGUGUUUAAGAGAUUAAGGAAGCAUCAGCUGAGACUCAAUCCAACAAAAUGCACUUUUGGGGUAACAUUUGGCAAGCUCCUAGGGUUUAUUGUUAGUAGAAGAGGAAUUGAGAUAGACCCUGCCAAGAUUAAAGCUAUUAAAGAUAUGCCUCCACCAAAAACACAAAAAGAGGUGCGCAGUUUCUUGGGUAGGCUAAACUAUAUCAGUAGAUUCAUUGCCCAAAUGAUAACUAUUUGUGAUCCAAUCUUCCGAUUGUUAAAGAAGAAUAAUCUUGGUGUGUGGGAUGAUCAAUGCCAAGAAGCUUUUGACAAAAUUAAGCGAUAUUUAAAAAGUCCACCAAUUCUUGUGCCACCUGUGGAUGGAAGACCAUUAAUUCUCUAUAUAACUGUGCUAGAAGGUUCUAUGGGGGUUGUUUUGGCUCAACAUGAUGAUUCUGGCAUAAGGGAGCAGGCUAUUUAUUAUAUUAGCAAAAAGUUCAAUGAUUGUGAAAGUAGGUAUUCAUCUAUGGAGAAGACAUGUUGCGCAUUGGCUUGGAUUGCUAAGAAGCUUUGUCAUUAUAUGCUUUCCAAUACUACAUGGCUAAUAUCUCGAAUGGAUCCCAUCAAAUAUAUAUUUGAGAAGCCUUCUUUAUCUGGAAGAAUUGCUCAAUGGCACAUGUUGUUAUUAGAGUUUGAGAUUAUUUACAUGACUCAAAAGGCAAUAAAAGAAAGCAAUUGUGAAACUUCUAAUUGGAAGAUGUAUUUUGAUGGAGCUGCUAAUCAAAACGGAAAUGGAGUAGGGUUAGUUCUCGUCUCACCUAAAGGAGAACAUUUUCCGUUUGCAGUGAAGCUUGAUUUUUCUUUCACCAAUAACAUCACUGAAUAUGAAGCUUGCAUCAUGGGUCUACAAGCAGCUCUUGAUAUGAAUAUUAGGGAUCUUGAAGUUUAUGGAGAUUCAUCCCUAAUCAUAUUUCAAAUCAAGGGAGAAUGGAAGACAAAAGACAUGAAGUUAUUGCCUUAUUACCAAUACCUUGAUUCUCAAACUAAGAAGUUCAGAUUUAUCUCUUUAGAAUACAUGCCUCGAUCAAAGAAUAAAUUUGCGGAUGCCUUAGCAACUUUGGCCUCCAUGGUGCAAAUAUCAAAGGAAGACCAAAUUCAACCAUUUAUGAUUGAUGUGCAUAAAAACCCUGCUUAUUGCAUGGAGAUUGGGCAAGAAAUAGAUGGCCAACCUUGGUCUUACUUCUUAAGUGGGGACACCUUAUACAAGCGCUCUGCAGAUAUGACAUUGUUAAGGUGUGUUAAUGCUAUUGAGGCAAAAAGAAUCAUGGUGGAAGUUCAUAAAGGAAUAUGUGGAACUCAUGCUAAUGGGCAUAUGCUAGCUAGAAAGAUACUUAGAGCAGGAUAUUUCUGGUUGAAGAUGGAGACAGAUUGUAUUGAUUAUGUGAGGAAAUGUCACAAAUGUGAAAUCUAUGCAGAUCAGAUAAAAGCUCCUCCAUUUCCAUUGCAUAAUAUGGUAGCUCCUUGGCCAUUUUCUAUGUGGGGAAUUGACGUUAUUGGACCCAUUAAUCCAAAAGCUUCAAAUGGUCAUCAGUUUAUUCUGGUUGCAAUUGAUUAUUUUUCCAAAUGGGUAGAGGCUGCUUCAUCUGCAAAUGUGAAAAAUAAAGUGCACAAGAUUCAACAUUUAAAUUCUACACCUUAUCGGCCUAAGAUGAAUGGAGCUGUGGAAGUUGCAAACAAAAAUAUCAAGAAGAUCCUUGCAAAGAUGACAGUAACUUACAAGGAUUGGCAUGAAAUGCUACCUUUUGCUCUCCAUGCUUAUAGAACAUCUGUUCGAACUUCUACCGGAGCAACACCUUAUUCUUUGGUUUAUGGUAUGGAGGCAGUUUUACCAGUUGAAGUUGAGAUACCAUCUUUGAGGGUUCUAGCUGAAGCAGAAUUGGAAGAAUCAAAGUUGAUUAAGAAACAAUUAGAUUAUCUUAAUCUCCUUGAUGAGAAGAGACUAGUUGCACUUUGUCAUGGACAAUGUUAUAAGAAAAGAAUGGCGGCAGCAUAUAAUAAGAAGGUCAGGCCUUGAAGGCAUCGGAUUGAGUUGAUUCUUUAGGCGUUGGAAAGCUAAGAGGCAGAGCUACAAUUGAUGUUUUAUGAGCUCAACCCAGUUCCUUCUGUAUCAAUACAGAAUUGAAAUUGAA